UAUGAAUGAAACCCAGUCUGGUGACGUCAAUGGGGGGCCUCUUGACGCAGGAGUCACGUUGGUCGGGAGGGCGGAGGUAUAAGAGCUGCUGCCGCUGUCCGUGGUCCUGAAAACAGGAGGACCGAGAAGCUGAGUCCCGGGAGAGGAGAACCGGAGACCGAGCCUCACUAACAAAACAAAAACAACAUCAGAAAAAAUAAACAACUUACAAAAAAAAAAAAAAAACAACAACAACAAAAGGGAGCGUGUUGAUCUGCUCGUGACAGCGGGACCUCCAGAAGCUGAGCGAGUGACGCGCUGCCCGGGGAGGGGAGGCUGGAAUCCCCCCGCUGCUCCCACUGAGCCACAAGUGUUUCUCAUCUUCAGGCCCCGUUCUGAGCGGCCAUGACCGGGUACCACCAUGCCUCAAGUGCCCUUACCCUGCUGCUGCUCCUCCUGACAGGGGCCUCCCUCCUCCGUCCGUCCACCCCCACCCCUAUGAACACCCCUGAGGAGGGUGAUAACCUGCACAGAGAUUCUCCUCCUGCGCCGACCGUCACAGUAGAGGAGGAGAGAUGGGAAGAGGAGAGACGAUCGGUACAGAGAGAGGAGGCAGAGGAGGAAGAGGAGCUCUUCAAGGAUGUGGAUCCAAAAACCCUCGCAGCGGUUUUGCUCGAGGCGCUCAAUCGCUCGGAUGUGGGGAGGAGGAGGGAGGAAGAGGAGACGAAUUCUGAGACGAAGGAGGAAAACAGAGAGGUGAGAACGAUGAAGGGAGCGGACAGAGACAGAGACGGGCGAAAGGAGUUAGAGAUGCUAAUGGCUGCUCAGGGGAAAGAGCGAGAACGAGAGGAAGAGGAGGAGAGGAGGAAAGCUCAGGAGGAGGAGAAGAUGACGGAGAAGGUGACCAGUCGAACCACAAGCCAGACGGUCCAGGUCCAAGCAGAGCCGCAGCCUCCAAGUCCAGACGGAGGAGGGGAGAACGGGACGCGGGGAGUGAAUACUCCCCCCGACCAAGGCAGCAAUGAGGAGGAGGAGGAACAGCUCAGCCCGGAGGAGCUGAAGAGCCUGGAGACCAUGAUGAAAGAGUUUCCUAGUCUGAACACGGCCACAAAGAGGGAGGGAGACCAGAACCAGAGGGAGAGCCGGGGGUGGAGCAGCUACAACGAGGUCUUACCCGUCAAAGGAAGUGACAUCGCCAUGACGAAGAAGAAGCUGAAGUGGCAGGAGGAGACGCAGAAGGGAGUCGCCUUCCCGGCGUUCAGGGAAGGAAACUUCAUGGACGACUUUGAGGAUCGAGCAGGAAACAACGCAAUUCAGUCGCAGCUUCCGUCAGAGCAGGAGGUGGCUGAGGAGGAGGAGCCGGAGGAGGAGGAGGAGGAGGAGGAGGAAGUGUUGAGUCCCGAGGAAGAGGAGGCUCGCGCCAAAGCGGAGCAGGAGGAGAUGAGGAGGCAGGCGGCAGAGGCACAGCAAGCCAAGAUGGAGGAGGAGAAGCUGGCAGACAUCGCCUCCGACAUGCUGCUGCGCUACAUGGUGAAGCAGAACAACGGUAACAGGAAGUAUGGCUCGUCUUUGUCCAACGCCGCCGAGGACAAGCGGUCAGACGAGCAGGAGGCGACAGAGGAAGAAGACCUCGACCCCCAGACCAUCGACAAGCUGAUCGAGAUCUCCAGCAAGCUCCACCUUCCUGCCGACGACGUGGUCGACAUCAUCAGCGACGUGGAGAAGAAGAAGAAGAAGGACAUCCCCUCGGAGGUGUCGUCUCAUUGGCAGAGACCUCUUCCGCCGCUCUCUUCCGCUUACUCGUCCACCAAAGCUUUGUCUUCAUCGCCAACCAAUCAGAACAGCUUCCCCGUCUCUAAGCAACCAUCUCCCGCUGUCAAUCUCAUGAAAUCGUGGUUCCAGGAGAAAUCGCCGACAAAAUCACAGGAACUUUGGAGCAAACCUUGGCGAGCCAAUCAGAAUCUUUGGUCCAAACCCAAGAAACCAACCAAACAGGAAGUCUGGAUCAAACCGCCCAGGCCUGUUCAGACUGGAUACCCCUUUUACCCCUACAGAUACCCCUCCUACUACCAGAGGAACCCCUACCCAGACUACUACCCCAUCUACUACCCUCCUCCCCCCAGACCCAAACCCCGAUACUACCUCCCUAAACCCGCCCUCACCCGAGUGAAUCCCAUGGACGACCCCUUUGCUUUCCCACCAAGACGCCGCUAUCACAGCUGGGUCCAACCGCGGCUCAGAAACCCCCCUGCAGGCCUCCAGCAGAAGCCCUACUACCCCAGCUACCCCCGCCCUCUCUACCCCCGGACAUUUCAGCCCGUCAGAGUCCCCGUAAUGCCCCCUCAGCAGAAGCAGUUUUAUUUCUCGGCUCCGGCCGCCGCAGCCUCGAGAAACGAAGAUUAUUACGAGGCAGGAAAACAAGCGGAGAGCCGUGACGAUCUGGAGAAAUACAUCCAGCAGAUUCUCCUGAAGAGGCCGCAGAUCUCAGACUGAGAGGGGGAAGGAAGGGACAGAGAAAAAAGAGGAUGAAAAAGAGGAAAGAGAGUUCGUUAUGAUUCUUAUUUCUGGUUUUGUUUUACGUAUUUAAGAAAUGUCCUUUGUUUAUUUGAUUGGUUGAUUGGACAUGACGUUAAAGAGGACUGUGAAAGGAAAACGAACGACUCACAUCUACACUCCUCCUCCUGUUCCUCGGGGACGGAGGAGGGAGAACAGGAUGAAUGUUGAAAAAGCACGAUGCGGCUGAGAUUUGCAUCACGCUCGAACUGUUCAUCCAAACUCCCGACAUGUCAACAUUCUCCAUGUGGACAUUUUUAAAUGCCAACUAAAGGAGGACGCUUGAACAUGCUGUUACCUGUACCUUUAAGUCUGACGAGGCAGUGAGGGAUGCUGGGAAAUGUUUGAUGGCUGCUAAAAAAAAAAAAAGAGCAUUUGUGUCGUUAUCUCUGGCAGGGAAAUCUUUCAGAAUCACUGCACGGCCAAAAGUAUGUGGACGCUAAACUUUUCCCCUUAAUGUGCUGAUUCAGCUCAAAGAUAGCGGCCGGUGUCUGAUCAUAGACCGUGCAUAAGAAGGGACGUCAAUGCAGAAGUGCCUUAAACUUGCAUUCUCUCUAAUGUCCAGCAGGGGGUUAGAAAAAGAAGUGAUUGUAUAGAAAGUUCUGUUCUGGUUUAUUCCCUCAGUUAACAUUUUCAUAACGACUUUAUGUUCUCAAUCUUCAGUUUCGAGUUCCCUUCAACACCGCGAGAUGUUCAUUUAGUAAAUGAUGGAACCAUUUAGAGUCAAAGAGCGCAGGAAGAGGGGAGGAGUUAGGGCGGGGCUACCUGGGAUUGAGAAGAUGAAGAAGUCAAAAGGUCACGGAGUUCAUAGCGUCAAUCAACGGGUUCAGGAUCGAAGUGAUCAGACGGGAGGAAAUCUUAAGAGAAAAGGUUACAGCAGCAAACGUCAACUUCUCGAUGCCUCCAGUGAAACUAAAAGACACUAGGAUGGCAGGAAGUGACCAUAUUUGGAGGAAAAACCCUCGCUCCUCUGCAGCUCCACCCUCAUGUCCAAAUAUGGUCACUUCUGGUUCUUUAAAAACAAGAUGGCGGCUGCUGACAGGCCAAACUGGAGGCUUUGAACCAGUAGUCCAAUGGGAAACCAAUGGGUGACGUCCAUUUCUUAUAUACAGUCUAUGAUUCUGACUGUACGCAGUGAAUUUGUUGUUAGGACCAAACUGAAACCUAAAACCUCAGCAGUAUCAGAGAUAUGGAUUCUGGAGCUUUAAGAGAUCUUUGACACAAACAGUUUUACUUGGAGUCCACAUACUUGAGGCCGGUCACGUGACUCUCGUCUGAUGUCGUCGACAUGAAACCAACAUUAAUCAUAAAGUGGGAUUGGCCUCAUAAUGCUGAAGCCAUGAACAGUUUCAUCUGUUAAAUAAUACAUUUGAAUGCAAAUGUAUUAUUGAGUUUUCUUUGUGUGAAGAAGCAGAACGAGAUGUUUUCAUAAAGUAAACCCGCUCUCCCUGUAAAGCUCUUUACAGUAAACAGCAGCUCUCCUGAGCCACUGUGGAGCCUUGCUCGCUCUCUGCUAUAAUGGCUCCAUGAGUCAUCCUUUUGCAUAACUUCAAUUACCUUGUUGCUAUGGUGCCGAACCCCGGCCAAAGUCUAUACGGCAUUCUUUUAGAGCUGACGCCUUGGCAGCGAUGCAGCUGUGCAGGCAAACAUACGUGCAGAUUGUACUUUGAAAGGACGAGGCUGCAGCUCUGAGAUCACUGAUUCAUCCCUGUGAAACAUGCCUGAUGCUCUCAGCUCAAAGCUCACUGAGUACACAUGAAGAUUCUUUUACUUUAAACUGAAUCCUGAAUACAGGCUCGCCGGCUCGUCUUUGCCUCCUCCUGGUUCAGUCUGUCUUUUACACGUCCUCAUCAACAUGUUUACAGUUAGAUAAGGUCGUCAGAAUCUUCCCUUUAUUUGAUACGUCAGACAAGUUGUAAAGCCACGUCAUGGAGGGAUUCAAUCUAAACGUCUCUGAGUGUAACCAACAUUUGGGAAACAGCACAUUGCCAACAUAUUGGUGUAAUCAGGACUGUGUGCAGGUGAUUGUUUACAGUUAUUCAUCGGUCACUAAAACAAGAAAGUUCCCAUUUUUGAUUUGACUAGAAUCUAGAGCCCGACAGAGAUGAGAUUUUUGGGGCCGAUACCGAUAUGAUAUGUAUCGGCCGAUGUCUUUCUUAGAUCCCUCUUCGAUCUGUAGAGAUAAAUAAAAUACAGUUGAGGGACUAUUUUCAGCGGCGGAUUAAUCUACACGUUUGGGCCGCGCUGUAUUGACGGUGAAUUUCUGCCCAUGUUGAUAUGCAAAUGAGUCCUUCAGAAAGCAGCGUGCAGUCUGUGAUCAACACCUUGGACUUGUUUCACAGCUCAGUGAACACGAGACCUCGUUAGAUCACGUUUUAGGUGAACGUUUGAAUUCGUCAUGAUGAAAUGACUGUUUCGUUUUUGACCACGAUGCGGCUCUCACUGAGGGGUAAGAUGUUAGAGGCUCUGCAGACUUAACGUGAGUGUGAUCUAUUCAAAGCCUGUUUGUCUCUGCACAGCUGGGACACAGAACAUCUGCAGCCUCGUCCUUUAGAACGCCGUCAUGGUUUCAUCAAAGUGCCGCUGAAACGUUUCCGUUUAGCUCAACGAGACGAUCAGUGGUUUUUUUUUUAAAUCAUUUUUCAUCUUCAGCUCAGACUCUGUAACGUCUGUCCUCUGAAUGUGUCUCAGCCGUGUGUCUUACAUUUUAAACAAGUCAAGCUGAGCAGAAAUCUGCAGCCUUACAUCGCGUCACUGUGACGUCACGUCCAUGAGAUCACUGAGGUCAGAGGUCACGUCUGAAACACAGUAAAGAACAACACACGGCCAGGGGUUUUUGUCUUCACUGCUGGGAUCAGAUGAUUCAUACAUGAUUGUAAAAAUGUUUUUAAACCUGCAAAAAAAGAAAAGAUUGUUCUGCUGAGAUUGACUUUGUUUACGGACCUGUAUCCUGAGAAUCCGCGCUCGCUCGACGUCACUGAGACGAACGCAGCUCUUUGAUUCUGUGUUUCUGACCUUCGUGUCUCUCUGGAGUGAAAGCUUAAAGACAUUUGACAAUCUCAUUAUUAGAAAAUGUCAAAAUGAAGCCGUAAGAUAUAAAAAACAGAGUGGAGGAUUUUUUGUACUUUGAAUAAUUUGUUGUUUUUUAAUGCGCUAGAGAAGAGAGCGAGGAGGGGGCGGAGCUAAGAGGACCGUGUCUGCACGUUUACGUAUUCUUGCAUCUAAAACUUCGUAUCGAGCAUCAAUGAAAAAAGUAUAAAAAAAACAACCUCAAAGAUGAAGAAACAAAGACGUCGGUGUACCUUUAAGUCAUUGUUGGAGUCGUGUGUGUGUGUGCGGGGAGUCGUGUGUCUGUAGAUGUACUCUGUUGUAACCAUGGUAAUGAACAUGCGUUAGCUGGAUGUAAAUACGCGCAUGUCAAUCACUACUUUUGCUACGUGGAAAGAAACGAAUAAAGUCGACUAUUUUUAUUACCAAA